AUGCCUCCAGGUCAACCAACCGAGUAUGAGCCAGCCAGCUGGACUGAAAUAUUCUGCCAAUGCCUCCCCAUCCGCAAAAACAAGCCCGAGACCGAUAUCGAGAUGCAAAACAUGUCUUCCUCGAACAGAUACCCUGACGUCGCUACUCUCAACAACCCUGUCGUUCCUGAGCACAUUGUUCGCGCUAACAAUCCUGAUAACAUCCGAAGAGCAAGACCUGCGCCGCGCGAUUCUUGGUGGUUGAGAGAUGAUGACACUGAUUCUGCCCCCUCCAGAAGUGGAACCUCAAACCCAGUCGCUAACACCCUCGAGAACACCCCAUACACUCCUCCAACUGCUUACAACACCAAUCUCCGCAUCGCCGCCAACACCCCUGAGAUCUUCACCCACAACCCUGAUUCUUCGCCUGAGUUUCCUACUACUUCUACUCCUCAAUGGGGUCACCUUUCCCGCGUCCAGUGGCUCGAUACCAAUCGCAGACCUACUUCUUCGGUGUAUGCUGAUGCUCCUGCUCCAGUUACUGCCAAUGAUAUCCGUGUCCCCAGAGUCAGCCCUAGAGCUGUUAGUUAUGCCGCUGUGCUUGAUGUGCAGGCUGGUAUCGAUGCUAGAAAGUCUAAAAUUCCGCCUUCUCCUCCUUCUCCUGCCGGUUCUGUUGACAGUAUUGAUUUUUUCUCUGGUAAGGCUGCUGAAGAGGGAUUUGGUGGUAGAGUUGUUCCAAGGAGACCGGAUAGCAUCUUCCUUCCACACCCAUACAUACCUACUCUUUUGUUGCCUACACAUCAUCCUUCCGAGCUUCACACAGUAUAUGAUCUCAUUCAAGCUCUUCGACCUGUGAGUUUGAAGGCUGUCAACGCUACUUUAAACUCCAACGCUAAUUUCAACGACGCGAGAAUGGUCAACGAUGAUUUCCACCUCUUCCCACGCCUACCUCUCGAACUUCGCGAAGAAAUCUGGCGCCUCUGCCUACCUCAUCGGGUAUACGAAGUCGACGACCCUAUCCCCUACGUCAUAUACGACUAUGAGGGACCGUAUCCCUGUUCACUCGGAUUGACCAGCAAGAGCAAUUCUCGCCCACCAUUACUCACACGAGUCUGCCGUGAGUCGCGCCGAGUCGCCUCUGUCACAGGAAAAUGGAUCUCAAGUCUCUCCUGGCGCUCGGGCGCGUGGAGUGUCACUGAGCCAUGCGAAGCUGAUUGGAAGACCGGCAAAGUUAUAGACUGCGGACUCUGGGAGGACACUGCCCGCGACUCUGCACACUUGAACUGGACUCCAUGCUGUGACAUAGAAUGGGGCCCUGUCGAUCCGGAAGGUCACCCUUUGACUACUUUGGCGGAGGAAGCGAAGUCUCUGAACGGAACACCAUCUUUCAUGCUGGAGGCCAUGUCUGACUCUCGGGAGCGGGAUCCCGCUUCCAGCUGGUUCAGACCAACUGGUUCACCUCUUUCUCAACGCGAGCAAAACCUAGCGGCACUGAAGCUACAGCCAGAGUGGCUGGUAGUUGUGAAAGUGAUCGUUAUACAUCUCGAUCUUGGUCGAGCUGCCGAUAGCGGUCUGUUUGGGCUAUCGGGAGAUGAAAUCAUACAAGUGGUGGACGCCGCUCUGCCGUUGGUUUCGCAGCUGUAUGAGUUGGCCGAGUGGUGUGAACGUCAAGCACCUACCGUCACGAUCGCUCAGGACUUUACCCGAAUGUCGUAUGCAGACAUGGAUUCCAUGGUGAAGCGUUCGAAAGGCUUCGAGAUCAUGAGAUAG